AUGCGACCUCCGCCGUCCCCGCCGGACUGGCCUCGCGACGACGUCGACGACAGAGACGGCCGCCUGCCGCAGCAUGACGUUCAAGCACCUCGUCACUGGGACCUCAGCGCCGCCGUCUCCUCCUUGUCCCCCCCAUCAGCAGACGCCGGGGCCCAUCGCGACAACGACGGCGAGGCCGAAGACGGCUCUCGUUGCCUAACCGAGGCCGCCCCCGUGCCGGAUUCUCGACCCGGCGGUGAUGGCCAGGCGAUCCCGCGCGGCGACCCUCUCCAACCCGACGACGCCGACGACUUCGCCUGCAAAGCAUCCGACGACGGCUACGACUACGACUACGACUACGACUACGACUACGACUACGACUACGACUACCACUCCAACUCCGACACCGACACCGACUCCGACACCGACACCGACUCCGACUCGAGCCACGAUCCCGCACACUACCUGCAGCACCUUUCUGUCCCGUCGGAUCACGACCUGGACAUGAGCGACAGUGACGGAGGUGCUCCAUUGGACGACAUCGUUGUCGCAACCGCCCUCUUCACCUCUGCCAACCCCCUCGGCCUCGAUCCCGACUUUGACCUCGACUCGCAUGGAGCCGACGCCCAAGACUGGUAUACCGACGACGACGACGACGACCAUAAUGACCAGCCUCCUGCCCUCUAUCCCAGUACCCAAGAACACAACAGCCAUCUGCUAUCCCUCUUCUCCCUUGCGCUGCACACCCCGCACGACGUCUCUGCAUUGAUCAUGGAUGAUGAGUUCCCGGCCCCUCCUUGGGCCAACAACCCGCCGACGCCCAUGCUGGCCGACAACGUCCCACAUCAAGAGCCUCCCAGCAAUCCGAACCCGGCCAUCCUCGGCUCCGAGAAUCUCGGCCUCGUCGACUUUCUCCGCGACUGGGCUCACCGAGGCUGCUUCUCCUCGGUGACGAGACCACGGCCGCCGCACCUGCACCAACUAUACAAGCAGGCUCGCGCCACGGUCCAGAACGUCACGUACGCACAUCUCAGAGGGGAUGACUGCGAUUUUCAGGGCUUGGACUGGACCUCCAUGGAGACGACCCGCGAGGACGCCAGGAUCAGGCGCCGGCGCACGUACAAGAACUACGUGAACCGGGCAGGAUCCGACAACUGUCGACCUCAGGAUCGUCGCAUCGCCUCCAAAGACAGCUUCUUCCGCUUCAGGAAGAUGACCUUUCGCCCCGACGUCAGCCUUGCUCAUUUUCAACUGCGAAGCGUGCUCGCAUGCCCGUCUCGGACACAGGCGUACUACUCGAGUCCCAACGGCAUCACCAGGAUGAACCUGGCCUCGAAAGAGACCGACUUGGCCCUGAACCUGCGCGAGUUCCCUGCCAUGGGCGGCGUUAUAUCCACCCUGGACGCCGCCCAUGGCAUUCUGAUGGGUGGCACCUUCAACGGCGAUUACUGCAUCCAGUCGCUCGACUCGGAGGAGGCCAAGGGCUUCUCCGAAGGGCAGAUCUCGCCCGAUGGCAUCACCAACCAUUUGAGGAUUCACACGCCGCGGCGGUCUGCAAGGCCGGUGGCCAGCAUUGCCAGUAACGACCGGGGCUUCCGCGUCAUGGACAUUGAGACGGAAAAGCUAAUAUCGCAGACCAUGUACGGCUUCGCCCUCAACUGCUCGGCCUUUUCUCCCGACCGGCGGCUGCGGGUGUUGGUCGGCGACCAUCCCAAGGCUAUCAUCAUCGACGCGGACACGGGGGAGACGCUGCAGGAGCUCACGGGUCAUCAGGACUACGGCUUCGCCUGCGACUGGUCCGACGACGGCUGGACGGUGGCAACGGGCUUCCAGGACAAGGCCGUCAAGAUUUGGGACGCCCGGCGGUGGUGCAACUCGAGCGGCGUGAGCACGCCGCUGUGCACCAUUAGGAGCGAGAUGGCGGGCGUCCGUGGCUUGCGCUUCUCGCCACUGGGAAGCGGGCGGCCGAUCCUGGCUGCGGCCGAAGAGGCCGACUUCAUCAACCUGAUCGACGCCCAGACCUUCUCCAGCAAGCAGACGAUCGAUGUGUUUAGCGAGAUUGGCGGCCUCGCAUUUGCCAACGAUGGGCAGGACCUGAACGUGCUCUGCUGUGACGCUCACCGCGGCGGCCUCCUGCAGCUCGAGCGCUGCGGGGGCGGACCCGACCCGACGCCGGGCAUUGCCUGGCGGCAGUCCCGCCCCUGGCUCGCCGACGGCGGCCAAGACGGGCUGUGGCCCGAUGAGUGGUCGCGCAACCGUCGGCCGACGCUGCUCGAGGGUCCCGAGCCAUUCUAA